AUGAACAAUAUGGUUAAGGAGAAAACAUUGGACGACGGAUCUCUCAGCUUUGAUAACUCGUCUUUAGAGUUUGGUUCCUCUUUACCAGUUUCGUCUGCUUCUUCUCCAAAGAAACUCAGUGGAAAUGAUAAACCGUUUUUAGCCAGAGACGAAGAGGACGAAAACGUUGAAGAAAGUUCCAACCCUAAUUUUGAGCGUUAUGGCUUAACUCCAUCAGGUGAAACUUUUCGACUCCCUGACGAGCAAGAAAAUCGCCGCAGCAUCCUUGAAACCAUCGAUCCUCGCGUUCCCAAAACGCCUUGGGACUGGGUCGUUAUCGGCAGCAUCCUUUCUCAAGUUAUUCUGUACCUUUUUACGCGCGGAAACACGCGGCGAGUUUUGAUGAUGGCUUGCUUCUUUUUUUGGCGUAUGAGUUACGAUAUCGGUAUUGGAUUCCUGCUUCAUUCUCAAUCCAAUGAUCGAAAGGUAGUAGAAUGGGUUGUGAAGCUUGGCUUCUUUGACAAAGAAAAAAAUCCAAAACUUUAUGAAAUGACUAAACACCAACUUGUCUCUAAAAUGGAUUCUUCAUAUAAUUUUGAAAAAUCUCCGAUUGAGUUCAACAGCUGGCUAGUUUUUCGUCAUUUUGUGGAUCUUAUCCUGAUGUGCGAUUUUUGCUCAUAUGUAUUGAUGGCCUUUGCUUGGACCUGCUGGCCUAAUAUGAAUUUUCUCUUUCACAUGUUACGUUUUUUCGGAGGCAUUGCCUUAAUUGUUUUUAAUUACUGGGUAAAGCUCGAUGCCCAUCGUGUCGUUCGUGAUUACGCAUGGUAUUGGGGUGACUUUUUCUUUCUUCUCCGUAGCUCCCUGGUUUUCAAUGGUGUUUUUGAAUUAGCCCCUCAUCCUAUGUACUCUAUCGGUUAUGCUGGAUACUAUGGCAUGAGUUUGAUUUCUGGAAGCUACGGCGUUUUACUAGCAAGUAUGGUUGCUCAUGCCGCCCAAUUUAUUUUCCUUCUUGUGGUCGAAAAUCCCCAUAUAGAAAAGACUUAUGGAAGCGAGUCUGCUCAUUCCCGUAUUACACCGCGAGAUGAAGAUGCUGAGUUUGAGAUUCCUGCAGCUCGUGACCUUGUCGGGCUUGUCAAUUUUAAUUCAGCUAGGAUAUCAGAUGUUGCAUUAAUCAUCAUUGCGGCGUAUAGCAUUCUGUCAAGUUUACUCUCAUCUAAUUCUUAUUAUAACCAAUUCUUGGCUUUAUUCCAGGCUUUUCUGUGGCGUUUCUUGCACAGCGCCUUCCAUGGACUCAUAUUAUUUUAUCAGUCAAGAGAUAAAGCUUGGUCUCGGCAUUUCAUUCGUAAUGGUGAAUCGGUUGUGCAAGCUUGGUCUCAGUGGAAGGGUUUUUACAACAUCACCCUAAACAUGUCUUAUAUUUCUUUUUGUAUGGCAGCUUGGAAGUUGUAUCAUCUUCCUAACAACUGGACAUACGGACUUGUAACUCUUCGUCAUACCUUGGGAUUUGGUUUAGUAGUUUUACACAUUUAUACUUCCAUCUCUAUUUACGAGGAUUUAGGUCAGUAUGGAUGGUUUUAUGGCGAUUUUUUCCUGCCUAAUCGCUCCCCCAAGCUUGUUUACCAAGGUAUCUAUCGAUACGUUAAUAACCCUGAGCGUUUUCUUGGAUGCUCUGCCUAUUGGGGUCUUGCUCUUAUUAGCAACUCAGCUUGGAUUUUCUUAUUAGCUACCUUAGCCCAGCUGUCAAACUUGGCUAUCAUCCGUCUUGUUGAACAACCCCACAUGCGCAAAGUAUACGGCAAUGCUUUAAGGAAGGAAGCAGGAAUCUCGAAAUUAAUUAAGCAAGCUACUCAAGAUCACGGCAGUAAGAUUCCAAAAUCCAUCGAAACACAUGUCAAAGCAUUGGGUAAUACUGUCGAUAGGGUUCUCGAUCAAACAGCUGAAGCCUUACAAGAAUUCGUGAGUACUGCCCCUCCUAAAGUACAAGUGCUAUUGAAAGGUACGGAAUCGAGUCUCCGUAGAAGCGCCCAGCUUGCCAUAUUGAAAUUAUUUGCCCCACAAUUUGACAGACAUGGAUCUACUUCCUAUUCAUUGAAUUUGGGUAUCGAAGGUUCCAAAGUUCCACUUGGAUUUCCCAUCCACGUGAAGUGGGUCGCUCCUUUAGAUCAUGAAAAUAAUGACUGGAUUGGACUUUAUCGUGUGUCAGAUAACGUUAGUGAUAUCCACACUCAAGUGCCGAGUGAAGGACGCUGGUCUGCCAUUGAUAAUAAAGGAUAUAACUCACACACUUCUAGCAUAACACAUGUUUCGGAAGCUAAGGAUUCUGGCGAAGUUGUGUUCUCGAGAGAAUUGUUAUUUUGGGAACCUGGAACCUACGAAUUCCGUUAUCAUCAUAGUAAUAAGCAUCUGGUGAUGGCCAAAAGCCAACCGUUCGAAAUAUAUGCUACAGCUAGUGAAUCUAAGGAUAUCUCUGAAGUUGAGAAUACACUAAAUAAGUUGCUAAAGCUUAGCGUUCCGGAAGACCAUUCUAAGUCAUUACAAGACUUACCUGAUGGUAAAGCAAAGACCUUUUCAAAAGCCAUUAAAUAUACGUUUGGCGUUGAACUCGGUUAUCAUGUAAUUCAAGUUGAUGGUUCAACCAAAGCUUUAGCAAGCAGACUUAUCAGUGCUCUGAAGAUCCUCCAGCCUCUCAAUUAUUCGGAAGAGAAUAAAAAAGACGUCUAG